AUGUUAUAUUCUAAUUUUCCUAAUACUAUAUUAGUUAUGAACGGUACACAUAUUCCAAUAACUAAUCCAACUAAUAGUAGAGGAAGAUUUAUAAACAGAAAAGGACAUGCAAGCAUAAGUUUUUUAAUAAUGGCUGAUGUAAAUUUUAAAAUAAGAUAUCUUUUUGGCGGCACAUUUGGAUCAUCACACAAUUCAACUGUGUUUAAGUUGUCAAAAUUUAAAGAAUGGUGUGAUAAUAUUUUUAUUGAUACUAACUUAAACUAUCAUAUAUUGGGCGAUGCAGCAUAUCCAAGUUUUGAUUAUAUUAAAAAACUAUUUAAAGGUAUACUAAAUGAUUAUCAGUCAAGAUAUAAUGAUUUACUAAUACCACAGAGAGUGGUUGUUGAGAGGACAAUCAGUUUUUUUUAA